AUGGCCCUAAACACACCGCCUCUACAGCGACCGGCAUACCUUCAAGGCGUAACUCUGGCGAACUUGGUCGAUUACAAAACUAAAUGUGCCUUCCACAUCUUUGAGCAUGGGAGGCUCUCAGCUGCACCUUGUAACUUGUGUGUUGAGAAUAAUGUAGACUGCAUCGUUGCGAAAAGACGAGCAAGCAGAUGCAUGCGAUGUGCAUACAUUGAUACGAGAAUCUUGGAAUGCCAAGCUGAGGGAGUGAACAGCGGAUUUUAUGGGACCAGGGACUUUUCACAAACCACGAUCCCGCUUCAAACAGUUAGUGCAACGCACCAAUCCACAGAAGUCGAUACGUCAACAUCCUCUCUACCUAUUCAAGGAUCAGCCGCGACACUAGAAUCCAAGGCAACCAUGGCACGGCCUGAUGCCCAGGUCGCUCGCCAGUCCGUCUUUCCAGUCAAAGCCAACUCGACCACCCACGAGGCUGUCCACCCCCAAAGCAAUACCGACCACGGUGCUCCUACCAAGCGAAAGCGCAAGCGUCGUGUUUCUGAUCCCGCCGAUGCUAUGAAGAUUGCAGCAAAGCGUCGUCGCGGGGUUACAUGUGCUACUACAGUGACUGAACAUCCUUACGCUCCCACUGCUCCAAGGGUGACUGAGCAUCACGGUGCUCCCACUACUCCUAAGGCAGCUCCCACUGCUCCUAAGGCAACUAGCCGUUCGUCUAAACCUACCAGUAAAGCCGUCAUUAAGCAAGACAUUCCAAACAUCCGAUACAUUCCCGCUGGAAGUACCGAUUAUGACCUAGCGAUUAGGACCGAGGAUCCCCCCGCCUGGGCUCAAUGGGCUACUGAUCUGCGCAAGGAGAUCCGUGCUCUUCGUCACCUUCCAGAUGUCGGCCCUUACACGCUUGGUAUCAUUGCAAUGAUGACCGAGGACGGAGUAUGGCCUACGGACUCCGAAAUCGGUCUAGGUGGAGAGUAA